UCGGGGGAGAGAGAGAGAGAGAGAGUGUGAGAGAGACGCGGUGUGGAGCGGAGGUGAGCCCGAGCGGCGUACUGUGAGCUGUUUUCUGGGACUCUGAUUUUUCUCGGGAGGCGUAGUGAGCUGGAGAAAGGGAGGGACGAGGAAGCAAAGUGACGGAGAGAGCAACAGGAGUAGAGGCAACGAAAUGGUGUAGACAAAAAAGUUCACCUUUCGGUGGAGUCUGGCCGGGAUUGGCGUCUGGAAGAGAAAGAAAGAGAGAGAGAGAGAGACACACACACACAGAGAAGGGGGCAUCUUCAGCUUUCGGGAGCUGGAGCCACAGUCGGAGGGACUCGCUUUCCACCCCCAUUUUUCUUUUUCUUUUUUUAAAAUUGCUUCGGAGUGGAGCGGCUCCCUGCACUUUCCCCUUAUUUAUUGUUUGUUACCUUUUUACUUUUUUGUGUCGCGCGGAAGAGGACUCUGUUCUUAUGGGGCUGUCGACAGCGGCGGUGAGGAUCUUUUCCUCCUCUUCCUCAGUGGCGACGACGACAACAGCGACGCGCCGGGUCCGCUUCAGCAAACGUUCAGCCUCGGCACUGCUCGCUAUCGGCUUUUUCUGCAGCCAAGUGUUUCAUGGCCAAGCAGUAAUUUAUUUCACAAAGGAACCAAAAUCACAAGAUGCACUUCAUGGACGUAGUGCCAUCCUUCGCUGCGAGGUAGAAAAUCCUGCCAAUGUGGACUUUGAGUGGCUCCAAAAUGGUACACCUGUCCAGGACACGGAACGAAGGUUUAAGGAAGGAAGUAAUUUGCAGUUCACAGCUGUGGACAGAAUUGAAGAUGCUGGCAACUUCCAGUGUGUGGCCACUAACACCAUAACCAAAGAAGAGGCUCGCUCAACAAAUGCCUCCUUCAACAUCAAAUGGUUGGAAACAGGGGGUGUUGUUUUAAAAGACCCAGCCACAGUUUCUGAGAUCCAAAGUUCAGCGCCAGUAACACUUCGCUGUCACAUUGAUGGGCAUCCACGCCCAACGUGUCAGUGGUUUAAGGAUGGCAUUAGACUAGCGGAGAAGAGCCACCAAGUCAGCAAUAAGGAGCGCACCCUGACAAUAAAAAGUGCAAACCCAGAUGAUAAUGGAGUUUAUUCCUGCUGUGCGAAGAAUGCAGUGGGAAGUGUGUGCAGCAAUGACAACUUCACCCUCAACAUUAUAGAUCCAAGUUUCCCCCGCCCAGUAAUUGUACCUCAGGAUCAGGUAGUGAACAGAAAUGAGGAGGCCAUGUUUCACUGUCAAUUUACUGCAGAGCCGCCUCCUGUGCAGGACUGGUAUUAUGUGCAUAACUCGGAAGAUGAACUGGUUACAAAUAAGUCACGGAGUUUUGUGCUGAGCAAUGGUUCCCUCCUGAUCACUCAGGUCAAGCAACGUAAUGUUGGAGUUUACAAGUGUGUCGCAAGAGGACCAAGAGGCAAUCCUGUUGUUUUGCAAGCAACACUAAGAAUAGCAGAGAUUGAAGACAUGCUGCCACUCAACCCAGUGGUGUUUACUGCAGACACAAGCCAGCGUGUAGUUUGUAGGCCUCCUCGGGGACACCCAGAUCCCACAGUAUGGUGGGAGAAAGAUGGACAGCGUUUUACUUCCAGCGGACGUGUCUACCAAGAUGGCAAUUCUCUGUUCUUCAGCCCAGCGGAAGGGGGUGACUCUGGAAAGUAUACUUGUGUGGCAGAGAACAGAGCAGGGCAGAGAAGAAGAGACGCAGUGGUGACAGUGGCCACCAUACCAGAAUGGGUGUUGAAGCCUGAGGACACGUCUUUGGAUGAGGGCAAGCCGGGAUACUUACACUGUAAAUCAAAAGGAAUACCCACCCCCUCGGUCACCUGGUAUCGCAACGGACUCAAUAUCACAGGCGAUGCUCGAUUUGAAGUGUUUGAAAAUGGAACCCUGCGUAUCAACAAUGUGGAAGUGUAUGAUGGUACAGUGUACAAGUGCAUCUGCAGCACAUUUGCAGGACACAUAGAAGGCAACGCUCGCGUGAAUGUCUUAGAGCGGUUAAAGUUCACACCACCCCCACAGCCCCAGCAGUGUAUGGAGCUGGAUAAAGAGGCCUCUAUGCUGUGCUCAGCCACAGGCCGUGUGAGGCCAACCAUCAUGUGGAAGAAAGCAGAUGCCAGUAUCCCACCUCAUGUGGAGCAAAAUGGAGGAACACUAAUUUUUAGAAAAGUGACACGCAGCGAUUCUGGAAACUACACUUGUACUGCCUCCAAUAGUCAACAAGGGGAGAUACAGGCCAUGGUGCAUCUCAGCGUAGCAGUUUUUGUCAGUUUCAAAUUAGAGCCUGAAAUCACAACCGUUUAUCAGGGGCACACAGCUAUUCUACACUGCCAGGCUGUUGGAGACCCCGUCCCUUCCAUUCAGUGGAAGAUCAAGGACAGAAUUCUGGAUGCUGGAAAAUCAUCACCAAAGUUUCAGAAAAUGCCAAAUGGUUCGUUGGUGAUUAGUGACGUUACCACAGAUGACUCAGGAAAAUACACUUGUAUAGCCGGAAACAGUUGUAACAUCAAGCACAAGGACGCAGACCUCUAUGUCGUUGAAAAGCCAGAAACUACAGGAAACAAUGAAAAUGGGCAGACACCCUACAAGAUGAUCCAAACUAUUGGCCUGUCUGUGGGAGCCGCAGUGGCCUAUAUAAUAAUCGUCCUGGGCUUAAUGUUUUACUGCAAGAAACGCCGAAAUGCCAAACGGAUGCAGAAGACGCCAGAGGGAGAAGAACCAGAGAUGGAGUGCCUGAAUGGCGGAACCAUACAGCAAAAUGGACAAACGGCUGAGAUUCAAGAGGAAGUUGCAUUGACCAACCUCGGGAGUGCAGUCUCCACGAACAAGCGGCACAGCACCAACGACAAGAUGCACUUUCCACGUACCAAUCUGCAGACGAUCACCACGCUGGGCAAAGGGGAGUUUGGAGAGGUGUUCCUUGCCAAAGCAAAGGGCAUUGAGGAGGUGGACACUGAAACCGUGGUCUUGGUAAAGAGCCUGCAGACCCGUGAUGAGCAGCUCCAGCUGGACUUCCGGAGGGAGUUUGAGAUGUUCGGCAAGCUGAACCACGCCAACGUGGUGCGCCUCCUUGGGCUGUGCCGAGAAGUCGAGCCCCAUUACAUGAUCCUGGAAUAUGUUGAUCUGGGGGAUUUAAAGCAGUUCCUGCGCAUUGCCAAGGGCAAAGAUGAGAAGCUCAAACCACAGCCAAUUAGUACAAAACAAAAAGUAUCUGUAUGUGCACAGGUGGCCAUGGGGAUGGAGCACCUCUCCAACCAUCGUUUUCUGCACAAAGAUCUAGCAGCUCGAAAUUGUCUCAUAAGUGCACAGAGGCAAGUCAAGGUAUCUGCUCUGAGCCUCAGUAAAGAUGUCUACAACAGUGAGUAUUAUCAUUUUCAUCAAGCCUGGAUCCCUCUUCGCUGGCUCCCGGCUGAAUCUAUAUUUGAAGAUGAUUUCUCGACAAAGUCAGAUGUUUGGUCAUUUGGUGUCCUUAUGUGGGAAGUCUUCACUCAUGGAGAGCUGCCCUACACUAAGCAGACGGAUGACGAAGUGCUGGCAGGUCUACAGGGUGGGAAGCUGAAGCUGCCCGCACCGGAGGGCUGCCCUUCCAAGCUGUACAAGUUGAUGGCACGAUGCUGGUCCACAAGUCCCAAGGAUCGCCCUUCCUUCAGUGAAAUUGCCAACAUGCUUGGUGACAUCCCUGCAGACAGCAAAGUUUGAAAUGGAGCAGCUGCAGCGAUGGUGGACGGAGUCAAGUGCAGACCUUGGGAAAGAAGAGUUUUAAGCUAAACAAUACAAAACAGAAAAGUGUUUAAAUACAGAAAUGUUGUGUUACAAAGGGCCCACCUGGAACAACCAGACCUGAAAGACUGUGAUACGUUCAGAUCGGAGAUCAUCGUCUGCCUUAACCUCCGCUCUCUAAAAGGCCUUGAUAAAAGAAAUUUAAGUAAGAGGAUGCAUUCUGAAACGCGGACAUGACUACCUCUGCUAAGUUCCCAGUACGGGGUCUUCCAUUUCCUUGAAACCACCAGCUUAUACUGGGAUUCUGACAAUUUCAAAAGAACAAUUAUUUUGCUUGCACACAGGAAGGACAAAGACACUAAUGUGUUGCUGGCGGUUUGUUAUGGUACAAUACCGAAGCACAAAUUUUGUGGUAAUAACCACAGCAUUGCUUGAAAGGUAGGGGUGGAAUUUCUUCUUGUGGAGCCAAACAUUCUCUUCGUGAAAAAAAAAAAAAAUACUAAAAUAGAUUUUAAGAAAAGGAAGGUGCCAGCUUGUCGAUAGAAAAGUGUCAGAGACGCCUGCGUUUCAUUCCCUUGAUGACAAAUGUGUGUUUUGGUAGCGCCUUUCCACGUUCCUCUUCAAGAUGUACUUUUUUUUCCCCUAUUGUGGAAAUUCAGAAACUGGCAAAUUCAUUUACAAUAAAAUAUUUCCGACGUCUCUAGUUAUGGAAAAGGUUAGCUGACUUUUCCAGGCCUUUCUGCAGAAGUGGUGGGAUCUUUGCGGCUCAUCUGGCCUGGUGGUAUGUAUGUAUAUACUGUAGAGACUCGGCGCUAAGCAUUUUUAUAUUUUAGAAGGAUAUGCAGGAACCUGUCUAUUUAUUAAAAGGGUUCUCUUUUGUGUUUUUUAUGUUUUGUAUUGCCAGAGUGGUACUGUUUGUUUUUCUUUUUUAAUUGUUGUAUGUUUAGGUAUUUUUAAUAAUACAUAUCAAAGUACAACAAAUAACUUUAUAUCCAGCUUUUUUUUUUUUUUUUUUUUUUCUUCCAGAAGAGGGCGGGGGGGCUGGCUUGAGGUUAGGUCACCUUACAUUGCGACUCAAGUGCCUGAUGUAUGAAGGAAUUUUGGCAAAAUAUUUCCAGUAUCUUAGGAAUUUUAAAGUGGUUUUUUAUCAUUUUUACAACACUUUAUAUAUAAAUAUAUAUAUAUGUUUUUAGGUUGUUUUUUUGGUUUUUUUAACAGUGUAUAUAAAGAAAACCCAAAACAAGUAGCAGUUUAUUUCUUCUGGGUUUCUUGCUUUAUCGUUUUGUUUUUAUGUUUUGUUUUAUUCUGGUCCUGAUUUUUUAACCUGCUUGUGCAAGUGGGCCUUGUUGCCCUCAUUUUUAUACAUGCUGCUCUCAAUAAAAGUUCACUUUUU